AUGAAAUCAAUUAAAUCCAAAGAAACAAAAAAAGAAAAAAACAUUUAUGAUCUAUUACAAACUUCUUUUACUAUUGCAAUAAAUACUAAAAAGUACAGAGAUAACAUUUUAAAUAAAGACUCUAUAUCUGAAAAUAAGACAAGUUCUAAUAAUAUUAUUAGUUUAGAUAGUUUGGCUAAAAAUAUUACUACAACAUCUAAAAUUACUAACCUUACUUCACUAACUGAAUAUCAUAUUACAAGUAAUAUUGCAGAAGCAUAUACUUUUGAAAAAACUUAUAUUCUUGAUUAUUCGCUAUUAGAAUCAUUAGAAGAACCUUGUGCAAAUUAUAGAAGUUACUCUAAUACUCAUUCAGCAUAUGAAUUUAUUAGUGCAAUUAGAAGAGUUAUUGAAGAAGCAAUUUGUCAAGAAAUUCAAAAAUCUCUAAUUUGGAGUAUUAUAAUUAAUAAGAGCAAUACGAUUACAACAACUAAAAAUAUUGCAAUUGUUUCUAAGCAUAUAUCAAAUAACUUUUCAGUUUAUUGCUAUUUAGGAAUGAUUGAGCUUAAAGAAAGAACUGCAAAUGCAAUUAUUAAUGAAUUAAAUAUUUUUUUGCAAACAAAAAAUUUACUAAUUGACUAUUUAAUGAAUAUAGGAAGUGAUAGUGCAUCUGUAAUAUUAGGAUGUAAUAAUAGUGUUGCUACACAAUUUAAAAAAAAAUCUAUACCUUAUGGAAUAUCAUUGUAUUUCUCAUCAUUUAGUAUUAGCAA